CUCAGCGGGAGCUAAUGUUCUGCGCAGGCUCAGUGCGGCGGGCCCGGCUCUGGUGGACGGCAAGAUGAUUAUGGCGCUAAGUAAAACGUUUGGUCAGAAGCCGGUGAAAUUUCAACUGGAGGAAGAUGGGGAGUUCUACAUGAUAGGUUCAGAGGUAGGGAAUUACCUGCGCAUGUUUAGAGGCUCGCUGUACAAAAGGUAUCCUUCUCUCUGGAGACGCUUGGCCACCGUUGAAGAAAGGAAGAAAAUUGUAGCCUCCUCACAUGGGAAGAAAUAUCAUGGAUACACAACAUUAGCUACUAGCGUUACCCUACUGAAAGCUUCAGAAGUUGAAGAGAUCCUAGAUGGGAACGAUGAGAAAUAUAAAGCUGUUUCCAUUAGCACAGAACCUCCAACCUACCUCAGAAGCCAAAGGUGCUGCAAACAGCCUCCCAUAAAAAUCAUAGACUGCAUGCAGGUUUGCGCUGGUAAUUGUGUAAAGCUGGGUUUGCUUAUGGACAAAGACAGCCUGCGUCCAGGUGGUGUGUCCAAUUCACUGGUGUUUUUUUUACUCCUGUACAGUUUUGAUGACCAUGAUCCAGCUGUGAUUCAUGAAAAUGCUUCUCAGCCAGAAGUACUAGUUCCAAUCCGGUUGGACAUGGAGAUAGAUGGACAGAAGUUGCGCGAUGCCUUCACAUGGAACAUGAACGAGAAGUUAAUGACUCCAGAAAUGUUUGCAGAGAUCCUCUGUGAUGAUUUAGACCUCAACCCCCUUGCUUUUGUCCCAGCUAUUGCUUCAGCGAUCCGUCAGCAGAUCGAAUCUUACCCCACUGACAGCAUACUGGAGGAUCAGUCCGAUCAGAGAGUCAUUAUUAAGCUGAAUAUCCACGUUGGGAACAUUUCUUUGGUGGACCAGUUUGAGUGGGACAUGUCAGAGAAGGAGAAUUCACCAGAGAAGUUUGCACUGAAAUUAUGUUCUGAGCUUGGUUUGGGCGGGGAGUUUGUCACCACUAUCGCAUACAGCAUCCGAGGGCAGCUCAGCUGGCACCAGAAGACAUACGCAUUCAGUGAAAACCCCUUGCCAACUGUGGAGAUUGCCAUCCGAAAUACAGGUGAUGCAGAUCAAUGGUGCCCUCUUCUGGAGACCCUUACAGAUGCUGAAAUGGAAAAGAAGAUCCGUGACCAGGACAGAAACACCAGGCGUAUGAGACGUCUUGCCAACACUGCACCGGCCUGGUAAACAGUCCCCUCCCGACGAAACUCGCGGUUCACAUCCUGGAGAUGGAACCCCGCCCCAUAAAUAAACAAAAAGUAACAAUUAAAACAGAAAAAGU